AUGGCGGCUUAUGCUGCAUCGUCUUCUCUUAAGAAUACAAUUAAGCAUAUUCAACAAUCGUAUCGUAUUUCGCUGGCUUCCCCUUCUUCAGAAAUCCUACAACCAGCCUACGAGGCCAUGUCUCGUUUGCAAAAAGUUCUUGUCCAAAUCUUGGUUACAAGCAGACUUAGAAUUAAAGUAUAUCCAAUUCAAGUAGUACGCUUAUUGAAUGAAGAAGAGAGUAAGAAAUUACUUGGUGAGAAGGUAUUCGGUGAACGGGGUUUCCCUUUUAGCCUUGAAAAAUUGGGAGAGAAGAUUGCCAAAAAAUGUGAAGGUCUUCCACUAAUGAUAGUCACAGUUGCACAACUCCUUUCUGAAGAAGACAAGACCACGGAAUACUGGACUGAGGUAGCUGACAUACAACAUAGUUCAGUGUUCGUGGAUGCAUAUAAUCAAAUAUCUGAGGUACUUUUUCCAAGUUAUGACUACUUACCUCAAUAUUUAAAAAUGGUUUUUCUCUAUUUGGGAGCUUUCCCUCCAUAUAGUGAUAUUGAAAUACACAACCUCUUCCACCGGUUGUGUGCUGAAGGGUUUCUUGAACCGAUUGAAAUACAAACUUCCGAAGACUUUAUGGAUAGUUUGGGGGAUUUUAUGGAUGGAGAACAAACUUUGGAGGACUUUAUGGCCCAAUGCUCGGCAAAGCUUGCAUAUUGGUAUCAUCUUAUUUUACUUGAAUCAAAUCCAGAAUCUUGGUUUUCAAAAAAAGAGUUUCGCGUGCAUUCUUGUUGGCAACACUUGUGUAAGAAAGAAGCUAGUGAGAUAAAGUUUUUGCAUGUUUUAGAAAGUUGUGAUGAUGUUUUGAGAGAUCAGCGUCGGUUGUGUGCUCAUUCAAACACUUUAUUUGCCUUCAAAGAAGUGUGUGAUUCAAUAACAAGCGAUUGUGCAUCCACUGUUCGUUCUCUACUUUGUUUAGGUGCUUACCACCAAUAUCCAGUGUUAAUACAUGACAUGGAUUUCAAGUUGUUAAGGGUACUAGAUGCUCUUAAGGUUCGAUUUUACAAUGUCCCACAUGAACUUUUGAAACUAGUUUGUCUAAAGUACCUUGCCCUAACUUGCAACAAAGAGCUCCCUAUUUCCAUAUCCAACCUUUUUCACCUUCAAUUCUUGAUUGUCCAUCCACAUAUGCACAUUAAAAAGCGUGGAUUUCUAUCAUAUAUGCCGAUGGAAAUUUGGGAUAUGCAAGAAUUACAACAUGUUGAGGUUUUGGGAACAGACCUACCAACCCCUAACUUUGAUGCUACUUUGGGCAAUGUCUCCAGUGUUAUUGGUGUGAGUGCAAAGAGUUGCACUAGAGAAAUUCUUAAAAGAAUUCCUAAUUUAAAAGAAUUAGGAAUUCUAUUAGAGUUGAAGCCUUAUGAAGAUGAUGACGAUGGUAGCAAUUCAUUGAUUGACUUUGAUUAUAUAUCAGAGGAACUCUGCAAUUUGCACAUACUUUCUUAUUUUGUAUUGAACCCUAACAUGAAGUACGAGUUUGUGGUUCCUCUUUCUAUGUUCCCAUCAAGUUUGACAAGGUUGGAGUUGAAAGGUUUAGGAUUUGCAUGGAGGGAUAUGAAUCACAUUGGUUCGCUAGUACCAAAUCUUAAGGAUCUCAGGUUAGAACACUAUGCCUUUCGAGGCCCAAAGUGGGAUAUAGAAUCCGGUUGUUUUUUAAAUCUUGAGACACUUGUAAUUGAAGACACUGAUUUGGUGUGCUGGAGUCCUUAA